AUGGCAACCAAGACCCCCCAGCCACCUAAACUAUCAUUUCUCUAUACCGCAUAUGUCGAGUGUGAGCCAAAUCUCAUGAGCACCAUUGCUGGACCACACGGUAUACGCGAGUCUAUCCCCAUCGUUGGUGGGAACUUCAGUGGCCCUCAUCUAUCAGGCAAAAUCCUCAACGUCGGGGCAGACUGGGGUCUAGUCGAUCCUCGAACGAGUAUCUUCUCAGCAGACACUCGAUACAAUCUACGCACCGACGACGGGGCUGAUAUCUAUAUUCAAACCUCUGGUCCGCAAAGUCCGGAUGGUCAUUUGCACCUGCGGCUUGUGUUUGAAACGGGGAGUCCAAAGUAUUACUGGUUGAACAAUAUCGUUGCGAUCGGCAUAUUAACUGGUCUUCCAUCAACGGGGAACUUGAGCCUGCUGCGAAUUGAUGCUUGGAAUUUUGCUUCCGACUGGAAUGCGACACAGUUUGUAAAUAGCAUCACGGCUGCGUGA